AUGGAGCGACAGAGGGCCGCGCGCAGCUCCAAAUGGGGCGAGGCAUGCGCGCCGUGUGCUGCGGCCAAGACGCGCUGCAUCCGCAAUCGUGACGAGCCCAGCGCCAGCUGUGACCGCUGUCAAAGCCUCGCCAAAGAUUGUUUUGGCCAGGUGCAGAAGCCGCGCAAAAAGCGGCAAGCGAAGCCUUCGAGAACGGCCCAGCUGGAAGAGCGGCUCAACAGCUUGAUCCAGGCCAUGUCCUCGGCGAGUUCUGAAAAGAGUGAUGUUGUUGCUGCAGCGGAAGCUGCCCUCUCCGCUGAAACCGCUGUUUCUGUGUCUGCGACAACAGCUUCCAGCACCAGGGGCAGCACUCUACCCCAGGCUUCGCCGUCUUCGCCGUCUUCGCCGCCCGUAUCUGGUGAACCACACGUCCAUUUGGACGGCGGCGUCGGCCUGCCACAACCUCCUGGCGCACCACCGGUAUCGCCGCACUGCACAUGCCGUGUGCCGGUUUCAAAGGCCGAUCUUGUCCCACACGAGUCGGACGAGGUGUUGCUGAGCAUCUAUGUCAACCAGUUGUCGUCCAAGUUUCCCUUCGUCAUCGUCCCGCCUAGCACGACAGCCCAGGAAAUGGCAGCCAAGCGACCCUUUUUGAUGCAGGUCAUCCGCAUGGUGUCGUCGGUCCGCCAUCUGCGAUCGAUGUGGGGCCAGAGCCGCGCCGUCAUCAAGCACAUUGGCGACGCCAUGUUGAUGCGCUCCGAACGUUCCAUGGACCUGCUGCAGGGCAUCAUUGUGUUCCUGGGCUACUAUCAUUACUUUUGCAUGAGCCAUGCGCAUUUCAACAACCUUGCCCAUCUCGCCCUCAGUCUCGUCGGCGACAUGGGCCUGAACGCACCACCGCAGUCCAAUGGCACAAACGCCGAUGACGAUGGAAUGUGCCAGCCGCGGAUCAUUCAACGGAACCCGAGCGAGGUUGUGUCACAUACAUCCGACGAUGUGGCGGUGGAGAGGACCAACGAGGAGCGCCGUGCCCUCGUCGGUGUGUGGUACAUCAACUCAAAUGCCUGUUCGGUGGUAAAGCAAAUGGGGUCCACGCGGUACACAAAGUACAUUGACCAGUGUGUCAAGGAGCUCGAGAAGAAUGCCGAAUACAAGUCGGAUCAGCUUGUCGUCGAGCUCAUCCGCAUCCAGAACCUCACCGAGACCAUCUCGCACUUCCACAACCGAGACCAGAUGUUGGAUGAACUGCCUGGUGUUCCUCGCAUGUCGCCCAUCGUAUAUAUCGAAGCAUUACAGGCCCAGCUCGACCGUCUCCGUGGCGGCCUACCCGCGCACCUCAAAAUGCACCCCCUGCUUAACUGCCACUUCCACAGUGCCCGUCUCGCCCUCUUUGCCCCGCUUUUGUCUGAGGAGCACUACCUUGCCGACCCCAGCUUGACCCCCCUCGACCUGUUCACACGCUUCACCGACACCCUCAAGAUGUGGUUUGCCGAGUGGCUCACCAUUCCCGUAUGCUCCUACUUCUACCUCCCGCAGCCCGCGUGCUCCAUGGUUGUCCACACAUCGCGCCACCUCGUCCUGUGGGCGCGUCUAGCCGGACCCAGCGCCGUCCGACUGUCGUCCACCUCCUUCGUGUCCUGCCCUCUGCUCGCCUCAACUGCCUCGCUCUCGUCCGGAUCCACAGCCACCACUCCCUCCGGAUCCGGGUCGUCCCCCGCAUCCGAGCCGUACAUGCCCCGGCGCCGAUUUCCUGCGUUCAUGGGCAUCCCCUCCUGCCCGACUCUCGACAUCCCCAAACGGCCCACCGAUCUGUCAGACACCGUCACGGUCGCUGCCCAGGCCUCCAUCGACAUGAUCCGUGCCGCCGUCUAUGAACGGCAAGACCUGCGGCUCGACGUCUUAGGCAUCGCAGCGGCCAUGGCCGCGCGUUGUGAGUCGGCCCGGGUGGAGAUCACCGCGGCACAGGGUGGCGAGUGGAAGAACGACACGUGGGACGCGGCGGGGGACCAGAUGCGUAUUAAGCGGAGCAAGAUCGAGGAAUGGGUCGAGUCGGCGACGGCGGCCGGUGUCGACGAGGAUGUGCCGCUGACGUUUGGACCGAUGCCGGGCGAACUGUCACAAGACGGCCACAAUAGCACCAACUGGAAGUGGCCGAGCGACUUGGCGUAUGGGCCGACAAAUCUCGACUUUGGGACACUGCUCGACUCAAAUAACGACUGGAACACGGAUUGGAACGCCCAGGGCAUGGUGCUGGACAACUAG